ACCGAUACCUCGCCGCGUGGCCGGGCAAAAUGCACCCAGUCGGCCAGUCGGCGACGACUUGACUGGGGACAAGGCGGGCAGCGCAAGCGCGUGCGUGUGUAGGAGGGGAAGAGAGAGAUGAGCUCCUCCUCGUCGGCGUCGCCCGUGCCGCCGGAGGACGACGUCUGCUCGGUGUGCCACGACCACUUCCGGAUCCCAUGCCAGGCCAACUGCUCCCAUUGGUUCUGUGGAGAGUGCAUCAUCCGCGUUUGGCAUCAUGGGCCUGCUGUACAGGCUUGCAAGUGUCCCAUUUGUCGUCGCCUUAUAAAUCUGCUGGUACCUGCUGAAUUAUCAGAGCAGGAGGUGAAUGAUCCACCAGUUCAACGUGUUUUAGGAGAGAUUCAGCACUAUAACUGCAUAUUUGGCGUAGAACCACGCAGUCUGACUCAGAGGUUGCAAGACAUGCCCUUUUUCAUCCGAAGACUGUUCAGAGAACUAAUGGAUCCCCAGCGGACUCUCCCACUUGUCUUCAGGGCGCGGAUGAUGACGAUGGUUGCAUUGAGUGCAAUUUAUGUCCUGAGUCCUGUGGACUUUCUUCCCGAGAGUGUGUUGGGGCUGUUUGGAUUCGUUGAUGACCUGCUCCUUCUGUUGAUCGUGUUCCUCCACCUCGCUGCUGUUUACCGGUCAUUGCUUCUAUACCGCCAUGGAGGGCAAUAAAAGUUUGCAUUGCGAGGUCUCAAGACACCAUAAUUUGAUUCGUACUGUGAGUAGAUGACAAUUUGAAGACGGGCUUAGCUUGUCUCUGUUUGCAUUCUGAUACGCCUGUUUCUUGAGACUAACACGGCCAACUUCUGUUUGUUUCAUUUUGUACAAUUGUAUAUGUAUUACUUUUUUUUUUUUGGAUUCGAUAUCGAAAAUUGACUUGGCCUGGACGAAA